AUGGUAAGAGAAGGCAUUGUGCUAGGACAUUUGGUUUCAGAGCGAGGAAUUGAAGUAGACACGGCAAAGGUGGAAGUAAUUGAAAAUCUACCUCCACCGACAAACGUUAAGGGAGUGCGAAGUUUUUUAGGACAUGCAGGAUUCUACCGGCGAUUCAUCAAAGAUUUUUCAAAGAUCUCUAAACCUUUGACAAAUUUGUUAAUUAAGGAAACUGAAUUCCUUUUUGAUGAAAAUUGUUUGGAUGCUUUUUCCAGGUUGAAGGAAGCUUUGAUCUCAGCUCCGAUAAUGCAAGUUCCCGAUUGGACUUUACCUUUUGAAAUCAUGUGUGAUGCGAGUGACUAUGCAGUGGGAGCAGUCUUGGGACAAAGAAGAGACCGGAAGGUACAUGCGAUCUAUUAUGCUAGCCGUUUACCUCAUCAGAUGAGUUACCAACAGAGAAAGAAGUUUUUUGGCGAUGUCAAGAGCUAUGUAUGGGAUGAUCCACUGCUUUUCAAGAAGUGUGCUGAUACUAUUUACAGGAGAUGUGUACCGGAGGAUGAGACUUGUGAUAGAUGCCAAAGAACGGGGAACAUUUCCAAGAGACAUGAGAUGCCACUGAAUUCAAUUCUAGAAGUUGAACUUUUUGAUGUUUGGGGGAUUGAUUACAUGGGACCAUUUCCCCUGUCUCAUAACAAUAUCUACAUUCUGGUAGCAGUGGACUACGUAUCAAAGUGGGUUGAAGCUAUACCAUCUCCAACGAAUGACGCGAAGACUGUGAUAAAACUUUUUAAGAAAAUCUUAUUUCCUAGAUUUGGAAUUCCUCGAGCGGUGAUUAGCGAUGGAGGUUCACACUUCAUUGAAAGACAAUUUGAAAAUCUUCUCAAAAAGUAUGGAGUAACUCAUAAGAUUGCCUCUCCGUAUCACCCCCAAACCAGUGGACAAGUGGAAGUAUCAAAUAGAGAAAUCAAAAGCAUUUUAGAGAAAUCUGUGAAGCAUUCACGAACAGAUUGGUCAGAAAAAUUGGAUGACGCUCUAUGGGCAUAUCGGACAGCUUACAAGACUCCUAUUGGUAUGACUCCGUUUCGCUUGGUGUAUGGGAAAUCUUGUCAUCUUCCUGUAGAGUUGGAACACAAGGCUUUCUGGGCAAUACAAUUAUUGAAUUUCGAUCUAAAGAAUGCCGGAGAGAAAAGAAGGCUCCAGCUUGAUGAACUAGAAGAACUCCGACUUGACGCUUAUGAGCAUGCAAAAUCCUAUAAAGAAAGGACUAAGCGUUGGCAUGAUCAACACAUUAUGCGUAGGGAAUUCCAAGAGGGUGAUCUUGUAUUAUUGUUCAACUCUCGAUUGAAACUCUUUCCAGGAAAGCUUAAAUCCAGAUGGUCGGGUCCUUUUGAAGUAAAGAAAGUUUAUCCUUAUGGAGCUGUGGAUAUAUCGAAUGAAACCACCGGAGUCUUCAAAGUGAAUGGGCAAAGGCUAAAAACAUAUCUGAGCGAACCAACUCUUAAGGGAGGAGAGCAGAACCUCCUCGAAACAACUGCCCAGGUAACAGAGGAGAACACGGCCGUGCAAAUUUCAAACACGCCCGUGUUGGUUGCUGUCAGAUUCAUGGCGAAUACUAUUUUUGGGAGAGGGGACAGUGUUGGGGUAGCCAGGCUAAGUGAAUUGCAGUUUUUAUGGGCCAUGAUUAAUGAUGUUAAAAUUGAUUCUGGAGCUCACCUAGUUAGACAUUUUGUGAAAAUUGGGAAUAGCUCGACUGGAGUAAUUGUUAUUGGAGGACUUUUGACUAAGAUUGCAUUAGCUUUAGGGUGUGAGUUGGAUGGAUUGGAGACUUGCCCGGAUGUUAGGACCCAAGAUCUACCCACAGUAGGAGAGCCAUCUAUUCCACCGCAUGUACCGGAUUCCGUACAUCGUUUGAGGAUUUCAGAGAAAAGCAUACUGCAGAUAGAAACAUGUGGGAGCAGUUUGCUCAUACUUCAGAGGAGCAUUAUGAGCGAGUUGACAGGAUGCACAAAACCAGCCGAAUUACCCAGGGUAUCAGAACAACACGGCCGUGUUGUUGAUAAACACGGGCGUGUCGAGGAUUUCAGCGACCAACACGCUCAAGGCGUGUUGUUGAACACGGGCGUGGCGGAGAUGUUGAAGAGCGACGCAGGAAGCAGAGGAGGACAUGAUCGGGCCGUGUAA